UUCUUCACCACGCAGCAGCAGCCGCACGGACUGAGGUGGCUUCCAGCUUUCGCUGCGCGCACAUACCUCCGCCACGCCGUUCUCCCUCCCCCCCGAGCCCGACAGCGAGCAGCCAGCAGCCAGCACCAUGAAUGGCCAGAUCAAUGGUUUGCACCAGAGCCUGCUGGACGAGAGGACCUUCCUGUUCACUUCCGAGUCCGUGGGCGAAGGUCAUCCAGAUAAAAUCUGCGAUCAGAUUAGUGAUGCUGUGCUGGAUGCCCACCUCAAACAAGACCCUGAUGCCAAAGUUGCUUGCGAGACUGUCGCAAAAACUGGUAUGAUUCUGCUGUGUGGUGAGAUUACCUCCAGGGCCUCUGUUGACUACCAGAAGGUUGUACGAGAUACGAUUAAACAUAUUGGAUACAAUGAUUCUUCAAAAGGCUUCGACUACAAGACCUGCAAUGUUCUAGUUGCUUUGGAACAACAAUCUCCAGAUAUUGCACAAGGUGUUCAUUUGGAUAGGAAUGAAGAGGAUAUUGGUGCUGGAGAUCAAGGUCUUAUGUUUGGUUAUGCCACAGAUGAGACUGAAGAGUGCAUGCCCCUUACCAUUGUUCUUGCUCACAAACUGAAUGCCAAAAUGGCUGAGUUACGCCGUAAUGGCACUCUACCCUGGCUCCGACCAGAUUGCAAAACACAGGUCACUGUGCAGUACCUGCAGGACCAUGGUGCUGUUAUUCCUAUCCGUGUGCACACAAUUGUCAUAUCUGUGCAGCAUGACGAAGAUGUUCCACUGGAUGAGAUGAGGGAUGCUCUGAAGGACAAAGUAGUCAAGGCUGUGGUGCCUUCCAAGUACUUGGACGAGGAGACCAUAUAUCACCUGCAGCCCAGUGGACGUUUUGUUAUUGGUGGACCACAGGGAGAUGCGGGCCUCACUGGCCGAAAGAUCAUUGUUGACACCUAUGGUGGAUGGGGUGCACACGGGGGUGGUGCUUUCUCUGGCAAGGACUACACCAAAGUGGAUCGUUCUGCUGCUUAUGCUGCUCGAUGGGUUGCCAAGUCUCUGGUAAAAGCUGGUCUGUGCCGACGUGUUCUUGUGCAGGUAUCCUAUGCUAUUGGAGUAGCACACCCUUUGUCCAUCUCCAUUUUCUCCUACGGCACAUCUGAAAUGAGUGAGAAGGAACUCCUGGGGAUCGUGAAGAUGAACUUUGAUCUGCGUCCUGGUGUUAUUGUCAGGGAUCUGGACUUGAAGAAGCCAAUUUACCAGAAGACAGCAGCCUACGGCCAUUUUGGUAGGGAUAGCUUCCCCUGGGAAGUGCCUAAAAAACUUAAGUGCUGAGUGUAAAGUCUUUCUCCCCAGAUCUGUUGGUGUAUAAUACAGAGAAGCUGCAGACUCGGGGAGAAAGACCCUUUCCAUAUAUCCUGUCCUCCAUAACUCCCAUUUGCUAGUGGCGGAAUCUAUCUUCUUUCUUUACUCCCAUUCUCUAUCACGCGGAGUUUGUCCUUGACCCUCUUGUGCUAGCCACUGAAUUGCUAAUAUGUAGUUUCUGUUCAGGGUGAGGGUUGAAAGGGACCAUAAAGCAGAGGAUCAAUUUUUUUGGGUUUGGAUGACCAGACACUAAGUGUCCCCAUUACAACUGUAACCCUAUGUCUGCAAGACCUGCUUUGCAUAUCAUGCCCCAAAUGAAACCUAUAGUGUUGCUUGUACACAAAGGUCAGUGCUUUGCCCAAACAUUGGGACACUUACAGUAAUGGUGCUUAUUGUGUAGUCCUGGCCCAUAGUGUGAUUUAAAUGUCCUGACUAUCAUGCAGUCCUAUUUGGAUUACCAACUUGGAGUUUUAACUUCUUACCAACCCCUAUUUUUCUUUGAGGACGUACGUAAUGAUUUUUAAACAGCAAAAGGGUUUUCAAAGGAAAUAACAACUAGCUAUGCAUCGUUGUUUCUGCACUAGCCAAACCUCGUUUUUAAACUUUGUUUUGAACAGGCUCUUGUGGCAAGGGUUCCCUCCAAGGCCUGUAGGUUGCACACUUUUGGUAUUUUUUAAAAUCUUUAAGGAAAUAUCCAUAACUGCACAAUGAGCUCCUGGGUUUCAGUCAAGUGGACAUAGCAGUCAUUGUUGUUGAAGCUGGUGUAGAUACAGAGAAGCCAGCAAAAUGAUGGCUCCAGGAAUUUAACCUUCAUACUUGAAUAAUAUUACGUUCCUAUUUAUUCUGAGACCUGGCGUAGUUACAGAGAAGCCAGUGUCGCAGUAGGCAGCUUAGAAAAGUCAUAUUUUUUAAGAGAGAAAUAUAUUGCAAUUCCUUCAGUCACAGUAUCCCUGGUAAGCCUAAGGUGUCCUACAGAAAGCUCUUGGGCUUGACCUACAGGGGGUCUGGCUGGUGUUAAACACAGGGGCAGGCAUGUCCAGCAGUUGGUGAGUGCCUCUUGGCUGGUGUUGUACAGAGAAGCUGGCCUGUUUACAUGCUCUCAGCCACUGCUGUGAUCGGCAAGUGCCUUUUUGUAACUUAGCAGUUAUUACGUAUGUCUGUUAUCAGAAGUCCAAAUGCUAGACCUCAAUAAAGUGCUAGGUUCUCCAUAUAAACUGCUUAUUUGUGUCUGCAUAUUCCUUAUUACAACGGCUAUAAAAUCCUACUUGGAGCUGAGCACGCAAAUUUUAAUACUGCUACUGCUGGUUAAUACUUGAUCGGUGAAGGUGUUGCUCAACUAAAGACGAAGCCUGCAGGGAACCAAGAUGGGGUAUUUCAGUGCUGUAUAUCAUGUGUUCCUGAGGUAGGAACUGGCAGCUUAAUGCUUCAUUGACUAUUUCCUAGCAACUAAUGCUAAUCUACCAGCUUUGUAUGCAUUUUCCAGGAGUUACUGAAAUACUGCAUUUCCAAGUCAGCAUGAUAUCUUUAGUUUGUGUCUUGUUAAGCUGCCUGAAUCUCCCAUUGGUAGUAAACAUGAAAGCUUUCAACAUCUGCAUACACUGGAACGUCUAGGACAUGCUCCUGUUGCCUUCCUAAAAGUCUUGGUGGUGUAAAGCAAAUUACAAGCUCAAGUUCUGCACAUAAGAUUUGGGUAAGAUAGGUUAAGGGUGCAGCAUCUGUCCACAUGUCCAGGAAGCCUAACUAGUACUCACCAUUCAAGCUCACUGGGCUUACAUGGGUAGUGCAUUCCCCUUGAUGUACAAGUCCAGCAGUGAAGCUUCGUCACAUUUGGUAGGUUGAAUUGAACCUUGGCUGACCUACUUUUAUAGCAUAGAACUUAAUCUGAUAUUUAAAGCUCUUGGACAGCUGAGAAUUGUGUACCACCAUUCAAAAUGCUGGGUGAACUCAGCAAGUCAGGCAGCACCUAUGGAGGGGAAUAAACAGUUGACAUUUCAAGCCCAGACCCUUUGGAACUGGAAUGGAAGGGGCAAAAACAAGAACAAGAUGGAGGAGGGGGCCAGUAAGGAGUACAAGCUAGUAAAGCUCCUUUGGUGGGUUUAUUCAUUGUGAGCAGUAUUUGUAUACAUUUUGUAUAUUCACCAUAUUGCUGAUUUCAAUGGCAAAACCAGUAGAAGAAACUUCCCCAUCAGGGCCCCUUAACACCUUGCAGGUUCAUUUCUGCUUAAAUGGAAUAUCACUCACCAAAUCAAGAUCUGCACUCAGCUGUAAAUUUCAAAAAGUGAAUGUCAGGAGGUAAAUGUUUGAAAGAGGGACUAAGCCUAUACUUAAAUCCUAUUCAGAAGUAGGAGUAUACCCAAGUUUAUUUCUGUGGCAUGAAGAAUGUAAGAGGCCCUUCUCCAGUCAUACAAAUUUUUUCCAUAGAAAGCAUAGGUCAGCCAACUACUAUCUUAUCUCUGCUCUUUCAGGCAGAUGGAAUGUAUUAAGUGCUAUCAUGUACUGUUAACCUAAACCACCCACAGAUACAAAAGAAAAUGCAGAGGUACUUCAAUAGAUGUUGCCUGACCUGUAAUAUCUCUAAGGUACUUCAGAAAAUACAGGAAAAACUCAGCAGUUCAGGCAGCAUUUAUUGAGAGGAAUGAACAGUUGAUGUUUCUUCAUUAGGACAUUUCAUUUCAUUUGUGUUUAUGAUUUGUGAUAACUCCUCAUCUUUCUGGUUCUGGGUUUUCAUCAUCAAUUAUUUAGUACAUUGGAAUCAGCCAAACACUACUGGUUUAAAAACCCAAACUCUUGUUGCAGCCUUAUUUGCAAUUCUAUAUAUAAAAGCUAAAUGUUGGUUCUUGUAUUAUCGUGAAAUACCAGGGUCACUAUUUGACAAAAUAUUAAUGGAAACUGAGGGAAUCAUAUCCAGUGCAAACAGGUCUAUCACUGCUGCACAUGUUGGCCUUACAUUCAGUAGAGUAUAUACUAUUGUAUCUUAAUUGAGCUGGAUGUCUCAUACAGUACCAUUUUAUGUUACUUUGCCAUUCUUGGGAGAUUUUUAUGUAUUACAAAUAAUCCCAGUCCAGCAAAAUUGUGAAUUUGACUAGAUACAUCAUUCAGGCCAAUAGAUUGCAAUGUGAGAUUUUUUUUUCCAUUUUAAGCUGAAACUAAUAAAUCAUAAAUUAUGAUGUGUAAA